AUGUUUAAGAACGCUCUUCGUCGUGCUGGCGUUGCCGCCCCCCGAAUUUCCCGAGUUGCCCAGCGAGGCUACGCCGAGGCCAAGGCUACCCCCACCGAGGUCACUUCCAUCCUUGAGGAGCGAAUCCGAGGUGUCUCUGGUGAGGCCAACCUGAACGAGACUGGUCGAGUCCUCUCCGUUGGUGAUGGUAUCGCCCGAGUUUUCGGCCUCAACAACAUCCAGGCUGAGGAGCUCGUCGAGUUCGCUUCUGGUGUCAAGGGUAUGGCCCUUAACCUGGAGGCCGGCCAGGUCGGUAUUGUGCUGUUCGGUUCUGAUCGACUCGUCAAGGAGGGUGAGACCGUCAAGCGAUCCGGUUCCAUUGUCGACGUCCCCGUCGGACCCGCCCUUCUCGGUCGAGUCGUCGAUGCCCUCGGUAACCCCAUCGAUGGUAAGGGACCCAUCGAGACUGAGUUCCGAAUCCGAGCCCAGGUUAAGGCCCCCGGUAUUCUCCCCCGAACCUCCGUCAACGAGCCCAUGCAGACCGGUCUUAAGGCCGUCGAUGCCCUUGUCCCCAUUGGCCGAGGCCAGCGAGAGCUGAUUAUCGGUGACCGACAGACCGGUAAGACCCAGAUUGCCAUCGAUACCAUUCUUAACCAGAAGCGAUGGAACUACGGCCAGGACGAGAAGAAGAAGCUCUACUGUGUCUACGUUGCCGUUGGCCAGAAGCGAUCUACCGUCGCCCAGCUUGUCCAGACUCUUGAGCACCACGAUGCCCUCAAGUACUCUAUCAUUGUUGCUGCUACCGCCUCCGAGGCUGCCCCUCUCCAGUACCUUGCUCCCUUCACUGGUACCGCCAUGGGUGAGUGGUUCCGAGACAACGGCAAGGGUGCCCUGAUUGUCUUCGACGAUCUUUCCAAGCAGGCCGUUGCCUACCGACAGAUGUCUCUGCUUCUGCGACGACCUCCCGGACGAGAGGCUUACCCCGGUGAUGUUUUCUACCUCCAUUCCCGACUUCUUGAGCGAGCCGCCAAGAUGAACGAGCGAGAGGGUGGAGGAUCCCUUACUGCCCUGCCCAUCAUUGAGACCCAGGGUGGUGAUGUGUCCGCCUACAUUCCUACCAACGUUAUUUCUAUUACCGAUGGUCAGAUUUUCCUCGAGGCCGAGCUCUUCUACAAGGGUAUCCGACCCGCCAUUAACGUCGGUCUUUCCGUCUCUCGAGUCGGUUCCGCUGCCCAGGUCAAGGCCAUGAAGCAGGUUGCCGGUUCCCUCAAGCUCUUCUUGGCCCAGUACCGAGAAGUUGCUGCCUUUGCCCAGUUCGGUUCCGAUCUUGAUGCUUCCACCAAGCAGACUCUUACCCGAGGUGAGCGACUUACUCUCCUCCUCAAGCAGAAGCAGGCUUCCCCCAUGUCUUCCGAGGAGAUGGUCCCCCUCAUCUACGCUGGUGUCAACGGUUACAUCGAUAACAUCCCUGUCAAGCAGGUCGAGAAGUUCGAGGCUGAGUUCGUUUCUUACCUGCAUGCUAACGAGUCCGACCUCCUCAAGGACAUCGCCGCCACCGGUGAGCUGUCCAAGGAGAACCUCGAGAAGCUCAAGAGCAUCACCGAGAACUUUGUCGGCUCCUUUGCCAAAUAA